AUGUUCAUGUUACGGGUUCUAGUUGCUAGCCUGCUUGCACUGCUUAGCGAUCCCUCCAGCUACUGUCCGGAGAUCAUGAUCAUCAUCCAGACGGGGCGCUUGUCUGAGGGGCACUUGAUGAACGUCAUGUUGCAGAUGUUGGUACUGCAUGGAUUCGACGAUGGCAAGGUGAAGGACCGUGCCGUGCAACUAAGACAAGUUUUGACUGCAGCAGCUUGCAUGGCAAGCGAUGAGAACAAGAAAGUGUGCCAGGCAUCAGCUGUGCUGUUUCAGUGCGUCGAAGAUAUGGUGGAAUCCAUGGACGAGUACGGCAACUUUCGCAAGCUCGUCGAGGUCGAAGGUUCUGAAAGAGCAAUGGGCACGCCUUAG